ACUCGCAAUUGAGAAGGUCAGAAGCAGCCGUCCAGACUUUCUCGAUCUCAUUAGUUCAUCGGUGGAACUGAACUCGACAUUUUUGUGCUUAUCUCUUGCCAACGAAGACUCUAAUGCAGGGGAGGCGGUGAGGAGAGUGAGCGGGAGGUGUGAGGCUGCUCGUGCAACAAGUGCGACACCUGCAGUUGGUGGACUGCUGCCCCAGCUGACUCACGCUGGGGUUGAGUUUAUCCUGCUGACCGAGGAGGCAGAGAAGAGGUAGUGUCCACGUGGGAGGCAGCUCAAGGCGUGUCUCAGUACAGUAUAACCGAAGCAAAUGUAUGAAGAUCAAAGUUAUACCCAAGAACAUACUUUUCACCCAAUGUCGUGUUAAUAAUGAAAUCAAGGACCUGUAAUUCCAUAACUAAAAACUGGCAUUACAACCAAAUUUUUCAACUGUGUUUUUGUUACAGUCUAUGGGAGCACUCGCAAUGCCUUCAAGUUAAAAUCUAUGAUUGUGGACAAAGAAAUUUUUUACUUUGUUUAAACUAUGAAGCACCACGGAUGAAAGACAAGGGAGGUACAAGAUUACACAAAAUACAAUUCAAUGGAACAAUAGAAGAAACUAGAACAUUUGCAAGAUUGUGGACAUUGUAUGUUGAGAUGAAGAGAUGGAAUGAGGAAAAUGGUACUCGUACAGAAUGCAGAUUAGAAGAACAGUAUGAAUAUAAUGUAGAGAUUGUUUGUCAGACACAUUUCAUGAAGUUUGAUAGAGAGGAGCACCAUUUUGACUUUUACUGUGUGGAAAAGUCACUGUAUCUUAUUGGUGCACAUGGAGGUGAAGUAACCAAUCACUUAGAAGACCAUAAGCUUAUGAAACUUGCUCAAGUUAAAACCUCUGGACCAUUAUACAUUCCAUCCAACUGUAGACACAUCCUGAUUUUUCCCAUUACUAAGGCUGGCUCCCUAUUAGUUGUGCACGCCUUUCCCACCUUCAUCCUUUCAGUAUUUUACAUCACAUCAACAGCUCUCAUUAGUUCAUUGCCCUACUUUAGUUCUUUACCUGUGUUCUACAUGUCCACUUUAUAUUGUAGCCAUCAACAUCCUGUGGUGAGUGUAUCAGUACCCUGGUUGUGUACUGGUCAUGUAAGUGUCUCAUGCAACACAGACCUUAUUGUUGUGGCCUUAAUAGCAAAUUUAUACUUCUCUUUCAUAGCCUUGAUGUUUUGUACUAUUGGUUUAGAGAAAGUAACUGUUAAUGAGUUUGGUGAAGUGAACAAAAGGAUCCCUUGUCCCUGGAAACAUUGUAUUAUGUUUGCACUUACACAUGAUGAACUUGAAAUUAAUCAUCGUUUGUCCCUAAACCAAGUUGAGCCUUCUUGCCUUACUCGAGAGAUGAUUAAUAAAUCUCUCUCUCUCAUAUUUAGUCAUAAUAUGACUUGCCCAAUCAUAUCCAGGAUCCAUACUUUGUUACCACUUACCAGUCUUUCCACUGAUAUUCCUGACAUGUCAUCUUCUCUCACUCUUACCACCAAUAUUCUCAAUGUUCCAGCCUCACUUACAUUCACCAUCUCCACUUCUGCUGUGCCAUCCAUGUUUCAUUCUGUUGGAAACACUUCUAAUACACACAUCAUGUUCAUUCCUUAUCCAUGCUUCACUCAUACCAUUCAGACACUUGCCUUCCCUCACCCUCUUUUACCCAGCAUCCCCUUCAUUCUUAAACCCAGCACCCCAUCCACUCAUAACCCUGGUUAUAAUAAAUGCAGCACAAGUAGGUUUACUGGUAAGAUGAACUACAAGCCACGCAACUUACACAGGAUUUCAACAAGUUUCUGCAUUACGGAGAAUGCCAGUUGUUACGUACCACACACAUUGUGCCUUCCUUUAUGGUGGUGGGUAUUGUUUCUGAUGCUUUGGACAAGUUUUGGUGCAAGAAUGUGUUUCGCAGACAAAGAUAAAUCUUCAUACAGAAAUUUGGUUUCACUGAACCAACUCCCCCAUCUAGAGUCGAGAAGACAACCACGGGAACCUUCAGUACACUCUAUGAGUGGAAGAGUCUGUACAAGUCUGCGGGUUAUGAACUCUGUGGAUAAUCUGAGAAAGUUGACUAACUGCAGCGUGAUUGAAGGCAGCUUGCAGAUCGUCCUUAUUGAAGAAGCUCCACAGAAUAAGGAGGAGGAGUGGAAAAAGUGGAGUUUCCCAGAGUUGGUUCAGAUUACGGACUUUCUGCUGGUGUUUAGUGUCAGUGGACUGCGCUCCUUGGGCCAGCUCUUCCCCAAUCUAGCUGUCAUACGUGGAAUGGUUCUUCACCAGAACUAUGGUCUCGUUGUCUAUGAUGCAAGAGAUCUUGAAAGUGUGGAUUUGCACAGCCUGACAGCCAUUUUGCAAGGGGGUGUGAGAAUCCAGAAUAACUUCAACCUGUGUUAUGUACACACAAUUAACUGGUCCAUUAUCAUCAAGGAUGAGAGUGAAAUAAUCAUUAAGAACAAUAAUGAAGGGUUGUGCAAGCCAUGUCCCACUCAUUGUCCUCAACAAGGGAAGCUGGAGCACUGCUGGUCCUCCACACACUGCCAGCAAGUGUGUGAUUCCAAAUGCAGUAGUGGAUGUACAGCCCGUGGGGAGUGUUGUGAUAAGCAGUGUGUUGGAGGCUGUGGAAUGCCCAACAAUCCUUCAAGUUGCUAUGCCUGUCGUCACGUUAACUCUGGCGGUACAUGCUUUAAAGCGUGCCAUAAAGACUACUAUGAGUACCGCAGGUAUCAGUGUGUAACCAAGAAAGCUUGUAAUGAAAUGAAGCUUACACUCUUUGAGUCUGAGGAUAAGAGCAAGAAGAAAUGUGUUAAAGAAUGUCCUGCUGGAUACUCCCGUACAGCUGAUCAAGAGCUUGAAAAGAAUAUCUCAAUUUGCCAGAAAUGCAAUGAUCCAUGUCCCAAGAAUUGCAAAGGUCAGCUGGUUAACACAAUUGCCAAGGCCCAGCUCCUCUCUGGCUGCACCAAAAUCGAAGGCCCACUUGUUAUCAGCUUCACAGGAGGAAAGGCCAUUGCAAAGAAGUUGAAUGACAGCCUGGGACUGAUAGAGGAAGUGACUGACUAUAUCCGGGUCUUUGACUCUCAUGCUCUCUUUACUCUCGACUUCUUGGCCAGCCUGAAGGUUAUUGGGGGCACCAAACUUUAUAAUGGGAAGUAUGCACUUUAUGUACACGACAAUGACAAUUUGACGGAGAUUUGGUCUUGGAGAAACCACCCAGAUUUGAAUAUUAAAAAGAAUGCCUCAGUAUUGUUCCAUUCCAAUCCGAAGUUGUGUUACAAGAAGAUUAAGGAGCUAUUCGAGAGAACACAUCUAAACAUGACAGACGACUACAACAUGCAACUCACCAAUGGAAAUAAAGUAGCAUGUACCAUCAUGAACCAAACUAUUAAAUUACAAGCUUUGUCAGAUAAAGGUAUGUUAAAUGUUAGUUGGGAUGCAAUAUCUACUAAUGAAGAUGACCGGAUGCUCACUGGCUAUUAUAUAUACUACAAGCCAUCAAGUAAGAGGGACUUGGACUACAUGACAGGUCGUGAUGCUUGUGAUGACGACUGGUCGAGAAUGUAUGUGGAGAUCACAAAGUCUGACGUGAAGAUAAGUGCCCGUUUGGUAGACCUACAGCCAGACACACAGUAUGCCAUAUAUGUACAAACUGACACUGUUGUUGGUGCAGUCUAUGGUGCAAAGUCAAAUAUCAGUUACAUCAGAACUUGUCCUUACAACCCAAGCAGUCCUCGUAACCUGAAGGUGACAUCUGUAGGGGCCACUUGGAUGACAGUGACUUGGUCUCCACCUGCAUUCCCAAAUGGCAAAAUUUCAUGUUAUAUCGUCAAGAGAAUCCUCAGUCCAUCAAGUAUGGAUGUAUCAUCAGAUUUUUGCUCCUCAAUACGAAGCCAAGACCAAAUGAACCAAAUGCAGGAUUCAGGAAAGGAACUAGCAAGCACCACUGAGGCACCUUCUCCCAAUGAACAAUCCUUAGUGCCAGGACCCAACUUGGGUAAAUGUUGCCCGUGCUCUCGUGACUCGAUGCACAGAGAACAACAAGAGAAUAUAGACUUCGAAGAUCGACUGUUUAGUUUUGUCUAUGAGCGUCUUUCUAGCAGACAGAAACGCAGUAUUCCAGAGUCAGAUCUUGAGGAGACACCUUCAUCCAAUUGGCAAGAUCAUAAUCCAGUCACAUGCAGGUCUAUCUCUGAUAGCCAUAAUUCAUCUGAGAGUGAUGUGGCAGUAUUCUCGGUUCAGGAAAAAACUAUCACCAUCCCCAACCUUCACCACUUUUCCCGCUACCGGAUUGAGGUUACUGCAUGUCACGAGGCCACUCCAAAAUGCCCAUUGACUUCAGGGGAGGAGUUAUGUGAACUUUGCUCUAUCAUCCCUGCUAAGACUGUGGGAACCACACGCACAUUACAUGGUGCUAAUGUAGUGCGUGAGUUACGAGUAAGCAACAUUGGUAGCUCGGAUAUGGUAGAAUUGACUUGGACACCUCCUGCAGAUCCCAAUGGACAGAUCAUUGCUUACAUAAUCAUUGUUGAACCAGACAGUGCACACAUGCAAGGGUCAGUCUAUAAGAGGUGUGUGAACUCUCAAGAGUUUGAAGACAAGAACAACACAUACAACCUGAAUGUAACAAUGAUAGAGCCUGGGAGAUACUUUCUUAGUGUUCAAGCACACAAUGGACACUCUUUGUAUGCCAAUGAAUCAUCUGAGAGCAUUCCUUUCACCAUUAAGGGUAAGGUGAAUGCAUCCUUUGACUUGACGUUGUGGCCUUUAUUGACUGCCAUGCUGGUGGUGUUGAUGGUAGGGACCACAUAUUUUAUUUUCAAGAAAAAAUUAAGAGGGAACCCCAUCUAUAAGAAAGAAACAGUCAAUCCAUUAUAUCCUCGUGAAAAAGAAAACCCAGACGUUGGUGCUAUGAUCUCCAGAGAGCACAAAAUAGAUUCUGAUGACCUUUCACUUGAGGAGAGCUGCCAACUUGGUAAAGGAAACUUUGGUGUUGUAAUGAAAGGGAAGCUUCGUCGUGAGUCAGGAGACAUUCCUGUUGCUGUGAAGCAAGUCACUGAGUUCCAAGCCAGAAAUAAUCUACUGGAAGAAGCCAAGUUAAUGCUAACAUUUGAUUGCAACCACCUGGUACGUGCCUAUGGAGUUUUGCCAGGAGACAAAGACAUGUUAUUGGUGAUGGAGCUCAUGAGUCGAGGUGACCUGUUACAGUACCUGAGAUCACUGAAGGCUCGUAACAAUGAUAUCUUCACUGUCCUCAGUGUUGAGCAAGUGUGUGCCAUGGCAAUACAGAUAGGAGAUGGAAUGGCAUACUUAGCGAGUCACAAAUUUGUUCAUCGAGACUUGGCUGUCCGCAACUGUCUUCUUGAUGAUAAACUCAACAUAAAGAUUUCCGACUUUGGCAUGACAAGAAUGACUGACAAAGACUACUAUGAAAUGAAUAAAACAAAGUAUCUCCCUGUGCGUUGGAUGCCCCCGGAGUAUCUCAGCAAUCGAAAAUUCACCAGCCAGAGUGAUGUGUGGAGCUAUGGUGUUGUCAUUUGGGAAAUCCUCUCUGGAGGAGCACGGCCAUACCAGCACUUGGAGGAUAAUGCAAAGGUGAUGGAUGUGGUUAUAAAUGGUUACACCUUAGAAUCCGAUUUGCCAAGAAAUACACCCCAGUUCCUGGCCGAGAUUGUAGUGAGCUGCUGGAAGUUCCAUGGCUGUCAAAGGCCAUACUUUCCUCAGAUAAUUACUGCUCUGCUCCAAAAUACCUCUUCACAAUUUCUUGAACACUUCAGGAGUAAAUCCUUCUACCACACAUCUGAAGGUCAAGAAUAUAAAAUGUUAGUGGAAGCCAUGCAAGAUGUUGAGGAUGACAAUGAUGUAACCACACUUCUUACUUCAUCAUCUCUGCCACUAUCACUGCUUAGUGACCAAGGGCCACCAUUACCACCGAGAAGUCAUAAGUACAGAUCUCAAGUUCGACUUCCUAGCCAAGCUACUCUAAAGGAUCCCCAGCACCAUCCACACACUGGUGCAACAGACAACAUGCAGUUUUUCUCACUUCGUCAGCAUGAGGCAAGAGACAGUAACAUCAAUGAUGUGACGCUGCUACCUCAUACAAAUUCAUCUCUUUUAAAUGUGGAUUUUGCAAAUGUAGGUAAUUCAAUGUCUUCUGAAAGUAACUUAAUUUCUACAACCAGGACAGAUCGUGGCUGUUGCCCCAAAUUCACUAUAAAUAAGCAUGAUGCUGCAAGAUUCAACAUUACGGAAGACAGCCAACCAGGGACUUUUGCAAACCCUACCACAGUACCAAACAAUGUAGUAGUUCAUAUAAAUGAAAGUGGCUUGCCUUCCUCGACUCUUUCCAGCAGCACUGCUUCCAAUGUUAAUAGAAAAAUUAUCCCAGACUUAUGUUGUACCAUAUCUCCUAAAUAUUGUCACAUGCCACAUUGAUGUUAUCCUUGAAAGCUACAGGGCAUUACUGGUAUGUCUAUUGAGAGAAUUACAGUUGUGUUCUUUUGUUCUGUAAUGCCAUCAGUAUUGUAUAAGCUAGUAACAGUCAUUCAUGGAGAAUGUAAUUCUUUCUAAAUGAAUUUGCAGGUGAACAAUUUACAUUUUACCCAUGUGGAGUGGACCUGUAUAGGCUUGUCAGUACUGCAAGUUUCAUUUGUGUAGAUGGUUUCAUCUAACCCUAGAAGAAUACUAGAGGCCUUCAAAACAUGGUAUCACAGGGAAAUGCUGAAGAUAAAUUGUACCGAUAUAAAAGCAAUAGUAAUAUCUCCGUUAGCUGGAAUCCCUCAAAUUUGGAACUCUCCAAUAGCUGGAAUUUAAAUUUUCUAGGAAAAUCAUUCCCAAAGACGGAAAUUUCCGGAAAAUUCCAGCUUUGGGACCGAUUUUCGAGGGGCACAUUUUCCAUAAAUUCUGGGGAUGGGGGAAGUUUGUUUUCUGGGUUUGAGAGAUGAAAAUCUGGUGCAUUUUCCCAAAAUUGAUAAUUUUCCGGUACAGAGAUACCCGGAAAAUUCCAGGGAGGGAGAAUGUUUUUCCUGGUUCGAGAGAUGAUGUAAUGGGCAAUUUUCUGGGGAUGAGGGAUUUUUCCGAAUUAGAGAGUCCUUUCGUUACCUGGAAGUCUCUCAUUCCCGGAAGAGCUCUGCACCAAUUAUUUUGGCUAACGGAGAUAUCACUGCAGUAGCUGUAAGCCUGGCUAAAACAAGAAGAGAAAACUACAAAUUUACAGGAUAAGAAUAUUCUUUGACCAUAAAAUACUGGUAAAGAUAUUAAAAUUUAAAAUUAACUAUAGGAGGGCCAGAUAAAAUACAUAAAGCACUGGGGGUUUUAACCUUAAAUAAGUUACUGUAACUAACUGACAAAGAUAUCAUUAUAUUUUAUUAAAAUGGGUUGAUUAUAUCAAAUAAAUAUGUUCAGACAGCUGAACUAAAUCAUUUUA